CAAUCGACAGCUGGUCAAGAGGAAUUCGCCGUCGUCUUCUGGUGGAACCGACCUUCGAAUCCUCGCGUCAGCAUGAAUCUUCCAGUAAAACCAAUCGACAGCUGGUCAAGAGGAAUCCGCCGUCGUCUUCUGGUGGAACCGACCUUCGAAUCUCCUCAACCUAAUCGACAGCUGGUCAAGAGGAAUUCGCCGUCGUCUUCUGGUGGAACCGACCUUCGAAUCUCUUCACCCUCACUUUUACUCGAAAUGGAAGUCCAACCGAAUGGUACCAUCGUUGCUGCCGAAGUGGGCAGCAGUGGCGUAGCAGAGUGUAGUAGACGUUGGUUGAUACAUUUCUCGUUCCGGUUGAAUGAUUUGGCAAAUCGGCCUCACCGACAACCGAAGCAGAAGAGUCUUGCCGUUGACGCUCUCGAGCCCGAGGCUCCAACGCCGGCCGGCUUGACUUUCGUCCGUCUAUUUGCCGGACACCGUGUCGUACAAGAAUGCACCAAUCACGAGAGACCAUCGUUGUGCCACUCAUCCGGAACGGUCCCAAGUUCGAAAAGUGGACCUUCCGAAUCCGGUGAGGGCUUGGACGAAGAGAAAGACAGAUCAUUUGGGUGUGUUUUUCUUCUGCCAUCGCCUGGAGCAACGUUGUGUGAAACGUGGCUGGGAAGUGUCCGCCGGCUCGGGAAGUCAUUCCAGACGCUCGAGCCUCUGCAUCGAAUCGACGACGCGACAGGUUCCAAAGUGACGGACGACCAAGAAGAGGCGGACGACGAGCCUAGAACAGGUCCAGAGUCAACGAAGCUUCCACAGUCUAUCGUUGCCUCUUCCUUCUCGUGCAACAAGCAGACAAAGUGCACAAUCGCUCGACACUUGGUUGAAUGCACGACGAUGAUGUAG